AACUGGGCAGCCGAAGUGCUGCCCAGGCUCUAGGGUCCUCAAGGCCAAAGCCCCACAGCCCAGCGUCAGUUCCUGCCCCUCACUGCUAAGCCCGGGAGGGGGCUGGAAACCUCGGCUCUAGGCAGACAAGGAAGUGGCCAGGAAAGCGGAAGCAGCUUUGAUGGGCAGGAUCUGCUGCCGCAACCUCAGCCUGCCGGCUGGGCGCCACACACCUGUGCCUGCCAAUGCGUCCCGGCCCUCGGAGAGCCAGGCCCGCAGAUCACGUCCAUGUGGGCUGGCGGGGUGGGGAGCCCUCGGAGGGGCAUGGCCCCUGCACCCACUGAUGACCUCUUUGCCCGUAAGCUACGCCAACCAGCCCGACCCCCACUGACACCACACACCUUUGAACCAAGGCCAACCCGGGGCCCACUCCUGCGAACUGGCAGCGAUGCUGGCGAGGCCCGGCCUCCCACGCCAGCCAGCCCCCGGGCCCGGGCCCACAGCCACGAAGAGGCCAGCCGUCCUGCCGCCACGCCCACCCGGCUCUUCACCGACCCCCUGGCCCUGCUGGGACUGCCAGCCGAGAAACCGGAGCCCACCUUCCCGCCCGUGCUGGAGCCCCGAUGGUUUGCUCAUUAUGAUGUCCAGAGUUUGCUCUUCGAUUGGGCUCCGCGGCCACAGGGGACAGGGAGCCACUCGGAGCUCAGCUCGGGGACUCCGGCCUCAGCCGAGAACCAAGCUGCCAGCUCGGAACUGCUACUUGGGGCACCUGGCUUCGUGAGUGAGCUUGGGGGUGAGGGUGAGCUAGGCCUGGGAGGUCUGGUUCCCCCGCCCGUGCCCCCUGCACUGCCCAAUGCUUCCGUGUCCAUCCUGGAGGAGCCACAGAACCGAACCGCAGCCUACAGCCUGGAGCACGCCGACCUGGGCGCUGGAUAUUACCGCAAGUACUUCUUCGGCAAAGAGCACCAGAACUUCUUCGGCGUGGACGAGGUGCUGGGCCCCGUGGCCGUGAGCCUGCGGCGGGAGGAGAAGGAGGGCGGCGGGGGCACCGCGCACAGCUACCGCAUCAUCGUGCGGACCACGCAGCUCCGGACCCUCCGAGGCACCAUCUCCGAGGACGCACUGCCACCCGGGCCCCCAAAGGGCCUAUCUCCAAGGAAGCUUCUGGAACACGUGGCUCCAAGGCUGAGCCCCACCUGCCUGCGCCUCGGCUCGGCUUCCCCCAAGGUGCCACGCACGCUGCUGACACUGGAUGAACAAGUGUUGAGCUUCCAGCGCAAAGUGGGCAUCCUGUACUGCCGGGCGGGCCAGAGCUCCGAGGAGGAAAUGUACAACAACCAGGAGGCAGGCGCGGCCUUCAUGCAGUUCCUCACCUUGCUGGGCGAAGUGGUGCGACUCAAGGGCUUUGAGAGUUACCGUGCCCAGCUGGACACCAAAACGGAUUCCACCGGCACGCACUCCCUCUACACCACCUACCAGGACCAUGAGAUCAUGUUCCACGUGUCAACCAUGCUGCCUUACACCCCUAAUAACCAGCAGCAGCUCCUGAGGAAGCGCCACAUCGGCAACGACAUCGUGACCAUCGUGUUCCAGGAGCCCGGCAGCAAGCCCUUCUGCCCGUCCACGAUCCGUUCUCACUUCCAGCAUGUGUUCUUAGUGGUGCGCGCGCACGCGCCCUGCACCCCGCACACCUCCUACAGGGUGGCCGUGAGCCGCACGCAGGACACGCCGGCCUUUGGGCCCGCUUUGCCCCCGGGCGGCGGCCCCUUCGCAGCCAACGCGGACUUCCGGGCCUUCCUGCUGGCCAAGGCGCUCAACGGCGAGCAGGCGGCCGGCCACGCCCGUCAGUUCCACGCCAUGGCCACGCGCACGCGCCAGCAGUACUUGCAGGACCUGGCGGCCAACGAGGUGACCACCACGUCGCUGGACUCCGCGUGCCGCUUUGGGCUGCCCUCCCUGGGCGGCCGGCGCCGCGCCUGCCCCCGGAGCCCGGGCGCGGAGCUGCAGGCGGCGGGCGCGCUGGCCUGGGGCGCGCGCGCCGCGCUCGGGGCGCGGCUGGCGGCGGGCGGGGAGGCGGGCAGCCCCGGCGGCGCCGAGGUGCCCUGCCUGCUGGGCAUCUCCGCCGAGGCGCUGGUGCUGGUGGCGCCCCGCGACGGCCGUGUGGUCUUCAACUGCGCCUGCCGCGACGUGCUGGCCUGGACCUUCUCGGAGCAGCAGCUGGACCUGUACCACGGCCGCGGGGAGGCCAUCACGCUGCGGCUCGACGGGCCUCCGGGGCAGGCGGUCGGCGAGGUCGUAGCCCGCCUGCAGCUGGUGAGCCGCGGCUGCGAGACCCGCGAGCUGGCCCUGCCCCGCGAUGGCCAAGGCCGCCUGGGCUUCGAGGUGGACCCCGAGGGCUUCGUCACGCACGUGGAGCGCUUCACGUUCGCCGAGACCACCGGGCUCCGACCCGGAGCCCGCCUGCUGCGGGUGUGCGGCCAGACGCUGCCCAGCCUGGGUCCUGAGGCUGCUGCCCAGCUGCUGCGCUCUGCGCCCAAGGUCUGCGUCACCGUCCUGCCCCCCGACGAGAGCGGCCGGCCCCGCAGGAGCUUUUCAGAGCUGUACAAGCUGUCUCUGCAGGAGCCCAACCGGCGGGGGGCCUCCGAGCCCGUGCAGGAUGAGACCCCAAAGGUGGUCCUGCUACCCACCGCAAAGCAGCUGCUGCACCUGCGCCUGCAGGAUGGCAGCUGCCCUUCCGGGCCUGGGGAGCUGGCCGAGGAGAGGACUGAGUUCUUGCACUGCCAGAACUCAUCGUCGCCAAGAAGCUCUCUGUCAGAUGAGGCUCCAGUCCUGCCCAACACUACCCCGGACCUCCUCCUUGCUGCCACAGCCAAAGCGCCCGCCCCCAGCGCCGGCAGGAGCACGCCCCCCUCCCAGGAUCAGCCCGGCAGCCCCCGAGGCCGCGAGGACGGGGACCGGGGCCGCGCCGCCCCGGAGCUGAGGGCCUCCUUCCUGCCGCGGACCCUGUCCCUGCGCAACUCCAUCAGCAGGAUCAUGUCCGAGGCCGGCAGCGAGACCCUGGAGGACGAGUGGCAGUCCAUCUCGGAGAUCGCCUCCACCUGCAACACCAUUCUGGAGUCGCUGUCCCGCGAGGGACAGCACGAGCCCGACGGCAGGGACCCCCCGGGAACGCCCAAGGCCGACGCUGAGCCGGCGCCCGGGAGCCUGUCGGACAAGGUCUCUCACCUGGAGUCGCUGCUCCGCCAGCUGCAGGAGGACCUGCAGAAGGAGAAGGCGGACCGGGCCGCCCUGGAGGAGGAGGUGAGGAGCCUGCGGCACAACAACCAGCGCCUGCUGGCCGAGUCCGAGAGCGCAGCCGCCCGCCUGCUGCUGGCCUCCCAGCGCCUGGGCCCGCCCGCCACCGACCACCGGGCCUGACCGGCCACCACCGGGCCGACCGCCGCCGCCUGCCCGGCCUCCUCAGGACCUCAGGACGCCCCCGCGCGUCCCAGCCCAUGUGGGGUGACGUACCCUCAUCUGCCCCUGUCUGUAAAUAUUCUGUGGAGAAAAGGAGACAUCAGGGAGUAAAGAAGCCACACUAUUUGUG